GCCAGCGCCGCCUCCCGCACUGGGGCGCCGCGCUUUGGGGCAGCGCAGGGCGGCGGCCCCGGUGUCUCGUGGCCACCACCCGUCUUUCGCCCGUCUCUUUCGCCCGUCGACGAACAGUCCGGGGACUUGACCUCCGCGGCGAGGGAGGGCGUCCCCGGUAUAUCCUCGCCACCACCUCCUCCUGCUCCGCCCGUCGAUAGGCAGGCCGGGGGCCGAAUCUUCGAAGUCGGGGAAUCGAGCUCCGCUGCUGCGCACGCCGCGGAGCAGGCUGGAUUGCCGAAGGCCAAGAAGAAGUUCGUGAGCAAGAUAUUCAGUUUCAGCAAGGACACGAUUUUUUGUAGAAAAGGAAUCGAAAGCUCGGAGAGAAAAGGAAUUGAAAGCUCGGAGAGACCUCACGUGAAUCAACAGGCAAUUCCCUAUCGGCAAGCCUUUGAUCAUUAUCUUCAACAGAUAGUUGCACUUUUUCGCGACAGAGUAUAUGCUGUGAAUGCAAUCAUCCUUGAGAACCUCUAUUCAGCAUUUAGGCCAGUGGAAGAAGAUGGGGAGUGUUUCUACAGGAGCUUCAUAUUUUCAUACCUUGAGCAAGUUCUUGAUAGGAAAGACACAAAUGAGGAACGCCGCCUCCUUGCAGCUAUCCAAGAGUUGGCUGGGGAACCUGCCCGUCUUGGAUGGGCCUCAGAAUUUUCUAGGAGCCACGAAGCAUUUAAGGAGUUGAUGAAGAAAGUAAAGAGAUGGAAGAAAAAACGCAGAUUGAUCCCCGUGUUGACUGACAGGUACCUUAAGCGGAAACUUCUCGAGUUCUUUAGCACUUACGAUCAAACGGAAGAAAUUUUUGUUUUCCUCAGAUUAGUAGCAGCUACCUGGUUAUGCUUGCACUGGGCGGACUAUGAUCAGGAUAUACCCGGACUUGGAGAAAAUGACAUCGUGGCAGAUUGGUGCUUACAGCACGUUACUCCACGCCGCGUGGUGGCGAACCGUGUUCAGGUGUGGGCCUUGGCGGGCGCGCUUCAGGUGUCCCUCGUGCUUGUGCAACUCAAUGAGGAAGAGGCUGAUCAUGUGUACGUUAGUCCUGAAGCUGACGCUGCACGUGUGCACGUGCUGUUCGCGAUCAACCACUACGACAUCCUCUACCCAGCAUAAGUCUCCCAUUGCUAGGUUAAUAUUGAGUUUGGGUGAGACUGCCUAUGAAUGCGGGCGGUGCUGAGUUUUACGUGGUAGAUAAAUUGGCAUACACUGAAGCGGGUGGGCUUAUACUUUUCUUUCUUCUGUUGACAUAUAAGGAUGGAAAAACAUUGGUCUGAUUAGUUCCUGUGACUAGUUCUGAUGUGCUGAAGCCCUGUAUAUACUUUUCUUUCAUGCCUAUUGUUUUUCCUCUGUGAAUUAUUUCUAUCUCUAUCAAACAUUCAAACAUGUAUGAUAAUCGAAGUUGUUCCA